AAACAUAAAAAUCAUCUAAAAAUUGAACCAGAUACAGAAAGUAUCUCGGACCAUCGAAAUAAUUAUGUAGGACGCUCAAGCUAGAACGUCGAAACUCUUAUUUUAAUGGUCCAACAAAAUUAUUUUCAGAUCUGCGUCUAGCUAAAUUUUCAGACACCUCAUUCCUGUCAAACUACUCGUAUUUCACAAUUUCCACAGAACCCGACGAGGAGUUUAUUUUUGCGGGAAAAAUCUUCAUAAACCUGAAAUAUACUUGAAACUCUUAAAAAUUUCAAUUACACGAGGCAUUGUAAAAAUUUUCCUCGUCGGGGUGGAGAACCCGACUGCGGCUUCCAAAAGGAAUGAAUAUCCGUGAAAGAAAGAGACGAAGAGGAAGAAGAAAAGAGACAAGGCGCGUCGAGACGGCGAGAGGUCGCGCCGCCGAUCCCGACCGGUGGCCCGAGCGAGCCGCGUGCCGCGGCCGACGGCUAUCGCCGACGGCUAUCGUUGUUUUGUAGGAGGUGACGAUAACGAUGACGCGACGUCGUCGUCAGGAGGGAGUAAUGCGCAUCGUGCUCGCGAAUUCCCCCAUGGCCGGGCCGCGGACGGCAGUAUCACCGUGACCAUCGCGCCGGUUAUGGCCGCGAACGACGACGGCGACGACGCCGAUGUCAUCACGUUCACCGCGGCUCACGUUCACCGAUUUUUGCGCGCGCGUCUCACGACGACGACGAUCGGUUUGUCCGUUCGUUGGCUGGUGCGCACACGCCGCGGAAGAUUAAUCCGCGAGACAACUCCGUCCGUCAUCUCUCGCGAGAUUGAGUUUCACGCUUGAUCGAUUUCACGGGUAAGGCACUCGUCUCCCCCGCCACCAGCGCCGAGUUCGGGUCCUGGUCCAGGAGAUCCGGCAUCCCCCAGGUCCGUACAGAAGGAGAACUCGCCGCCUCGCGGUCCUCGAACUCUCCUGCUCCGGCGUGGCGAGAAUGGCUACGGGUUCACGCUGCGGCAUUUCAUCGUCUAUCCGCCCGAGUCUUGCUGCAUGCUGCCAGGACAUGAGCGGACCAAGAUCGACGAGCCCAUGGACACGAUCUUUGUGAAGCAGGUGCGCGCGAAUUCGCCGGCGGCUGAGGCUGGAUUGCGCACCGGUGAUCGCGUCGUCUCUGUCGACGGGACGCCCACCCGGGGCGAACAAUACUCCAGCGUGGUGCAACGCAUUCAACAAGCGGGCCCGUGGCUGCGACUCCUCGUGGUCUCCAAGGAAGACGACAUUUUGCAGCGGUAUUUCGGCGACACGGCACAUAAUCCCGAGACGAAUCAACGACCGCGGUUGCGUUCUCCGGAAAGACUGUCGCAGAAGCAACGCAGAUCGAUGAGCAGCAUGAUCCCGGGCGGAUCGCCGAGAACGCGGCAGUCUUGGGUUUGCUCUCUAUCGUCAUCCGAGAGUCCAAAUCAUCACGAGGAAACGAUGUGCAGAAUGCCGCCGUCAACGAUGUCGCAAGUUCCGAUAGUGGAUUCUAAGAUUGCGAGCACACUGCAGCAGCAACAGCGGAGAGGUGUGUUAGACGCAGGCGCGUUAUACGAACAUUCGGACGAUUCUCGAAUUUCGGGGAGGAAGCUGCAAUUGUUGCGCGAAGAUAACGUACAGUCGAGCGGCCGAUUGUCUCUGGAUUCGAAGUACGACCUGUACGACAGAACGCGGCCUGAGUCGGUGUACUCGCGGCCGAGCAACGAUCAACUCUACGACAGGAUCAAUGAUCCGAUUUACGAGCGUGUGCGCGUCACCGAGCACCAACCGCAGCAUUAUUACCAGCCAUCUUUGCUACGUUAUCCGGUGUCGCAAGCGGAGCCGCAAGUACCGAUCUACCGGCCGAUCAAGCGAAUGGUGGCGCGACGUGCCAGCGAGGGCAGCGGUACCAUCGAUUCCGAGACGGCGUGUUACGGCAGCAUCGACGCGCUGAGAUCGAAUGAAUCCAGCAGGUUGAGCAUCGACUCGAGACGAGACUCGUCGCCUGUCGCUAGCAAAGACAGCAUGUCUCCCUAUGAUUCCAAUUCGACUCUGACCGGCAACGAGUGCUCUGACGAUUCCGUCAUCAUGAACAGACUGCGCAAAAGUUUCGAGCAGAAGGCGGAAUUUUUGCGGCGACCGAGUCACCCUAUUGGCUGGUCUGCCGAGCCAUCGUCGUCGUUACUAACAAAUUUCAACAACCAAGCUGCGGUAAUCCAGAGGGAAUUCUACGCGAGACCACAAAAGCUGCAGAGACAAAUCUGGCCACCUGGCCAGAAUGAGCAACAGCAGAGACAGCAAUCUCCUACGAGAAGGUCUUCUCUAGAGAGAAAUAUCAUUACGAAGCCCGUCACAAAUUUGGUAAAUAAGCCGUCAAAUCAAAGCGUGCAGAGGAUAAAGGAUGUGGACUCUUUGGAGUAUUCGAAGCCGCGGAAUGAUCAACAAUUGGGGGACAAUCAAUCUAUCACUGGAGAUCACUGCUACUCGUCAUCCCUUCCCUAUGAUAAUGAACUCGCGAAAGAACAGCAAUACCGAAGCACGGGUAAAGGUAGUUUCGUCAGCAUCCUGUCGAGAAUACACGAGAACAUUAGUAUGAAUCAGCAACAGACAUCGCAGGAGGCGCGAAACGGUUCUUCGUCGCUACCGUCUUCUCCGGGACCGGAUAAGAAAAGCGGUGACAGAUUUCCGGUACCGCCGCAGGGUUUACAGAUCGUCUCGAGACGCGCCAAACAGUUUGAGUCCGGUCGUUUGCUGAGCGACGAGGACGAGCCCGCUGGCGAUCGGACGAAUCUUUACAAGAGCGAAUUGUCCAGAUUGUCGAAUAAGCGAAGUGUACCCAAUGUGGCUGUGCGAAAACGAGAGUUCGAGUCUAAAGCCGAGAACCAAGACUCGAGGAGGCUACCGGUCAGAGAAACGAAAUCUCUUGACACUGGUGCAGUAUUGACAGGCAACAGAAUAAUUCCUAUAGGCAGCAAGCAUAUCCAUUGCGAGCCACCAGCCGACUAUAAAGAAAGUAAAGAUGUGCCUACUAUGGAGACAGAAUCAGUGCGUUUGAGAGCACGCAGCAACAGCGCGGAGUCCUGGGAAGCUACGAAUGGUCCAACGGCGCGAGGUAGCGCCAGGCAUACGUGGCAGACCGCCGAUGAUGAAGGUAGCACCGAAGACAAUAGUAAAACCUACCGCAACCAGGACAAUUAUUUGCAGUCAGCCAAACUGCAAAUCGCACCAGUCAAUGGUUCUUCGCCCAACGGCUCGACCAAUAACGCCGCGGUACUUAGGCGACAGAAGAAUGCACAGAUCAAUGACGAGGACCGCGCUACUAGACGGGUUUCGUACCUGAAGGCGACAUGGGGCGAGCGAAUGCACGUCGACAGCGAUCUAGAGCUCAGCGAUUCCGAACCCGUUCAUAUUCAUAGAAGCAAUAGCAUCGUAACGCAUAAUACGUCAAACAGCUGCGAUGGAACUACGAAGGAUGUCGAACCAGUGGAACGAGAGGGAACACUCCACGUUAAAUUCACAGUGCUCGACGGCAAGCGAUCUACCGAUCGUUCUUGGAAGCAAGUUUGGGGUGUUCUUCGUGGUCCUAUAAUAUAUUUUUACAAAGAUCGUCAUAGUCAGAGUCCUUCAUUGAGCACUGAAAGCGAGACAAAUGCAGGACAGAGCGUCGACGUUAGGUGUUCGGUGGUCGAUGUCGCCGACGACUAUACGAAGCGGAAACACGUGUUGCGAGUGGCAAAUCCUACGGCGGAGGUACUUUUACAAACCGAAGAUGCAGCAUCUAUGGCUCUCUGGUUAAGAUCACUUCAUUCUCACGCCGCCGUAGAAAAAUCAACGGACGCCGUAUCUUGCACAUCGAAACAACAAGCCGUUCCCCAGACUCCAACGGGUCCCGCAAUUCCGAAUAGCGGCGUUCCUCCGAGCAACGCUCAACGAUUGAGUCCUCUGCCGAGCCACAAAGGCAUCAAGAAACUAACGUCAUUUAGGAAUCGAUCGCCGACAGGUCAAUCGCCAGUGAAUAAGACGCGCAAACCGAGUAAUCAGAUGGUGGAACCUUUACCAUCGCCCAAGUCGAAGACUUGGAAGGGAAGGAUGGCGAAACAGUUUAGGAGGAUGCAUGGACAGACCGGUGCGCCAUCCUCACCUACGGCGCAAUUACCGCCGGAAGGAGCCACUUUCAAAAUGCCUCUUGAACUCUGUCCACCGUCUUCGUUUUCUGAGUACGUGCCACUAAUCGUCGAGAUGUGUACGAGCAUCGUCGAGGCAAGGGGUCUUGAGAUUGUGGGAAUCUAUAGAGUACCAGGAAACACCGCCGCGAUUGCUCAGCUUACAGACAGUGUUAAUAGAGGAUUCGAAAAUAUCAAUCUCCAGGAUCCGAGGUGGAGCGAUGUUAAUGUAAUAUCGUCGUUGUUGAAGUCAUUUUUCCGUCAACUUCCUGAUUCCUUGCUUACGGCGGAACUGUAUCCCAUGUUCAUCGACGCCGACAAGAUAGAAGAUCCACAGAGAAGAAUGACGACAAUACGAAAAUUACUACGAGAUCUUCCAGAACAUCACUUUGAGACACUGAAAUAUUUAAUGCAGCAUCUAAAGAAGAUAGUCGAGCAUAGCGAGAUCAAUAAAAUGGAGGCGAAGAAUUUAGCCAUCGUUUUCGGACCUACACUGGUGCGAGCGAGUGGUUCGAGAGACAAUAUGGUCACUAUGGUCACCGAUAUGUCGCAUCAAUGUAGAAUAGUCGAGAGUCUGCUGAAUAACGUCGAUUGGUUCUUCUCAGAGGACGAUCUGGAUGAUUUAAGUAGAUUGAGCGUAAAUUUGAGCCUUCCCACCGAUAGUUGCGAAGUUGAUCCAGCAUCCAAUCACAGUCUUUUAUUAAACAACAUUCAGAAAAUCGAAGGCAUGCGUGAUAUGGCAUCUGCUAGAGACAUCGUAUCUUCAAUCAUAUCCGCAGCUAAUAAAAAGAUACAAAGAAGACGGAAGACUCAAGACGAAAUCGACAACAGUGAACACGAUAAUGAUAAGGUAAAAUCGAAGCAAGAAGCGGAGAAUUUGCCGACGAUUCGACAGAGCAUGGCCUUAAACGAGCGACAAUGUUCUGUCAGCGAGAUCGUGCAGAUGCACGAGAGCAAGACUCAAUCGAAUCAUUCUACGGAUCGUUCCCUGUCAGUUGACGGUAACAACAGCAAUUCGUCCCAAGGAACGUCGUCAUUAAAUCGUGCCAAGUACGCGAAUCAAUCCGCACCACCGUCUGUAGACGCUACGAGACUGUCGAUCGAUACUGGUCUUAAUUCAGCGGACACGGGCUCUACUGUGUCCAGCAACGCAUCCAACCAGACGAAACAAAGUAAUGAUGAAGUAGCGAUUUUGACGUAUGCCGGAUUGAGUGCGACCACGCAAGAAAGAGUACGGAGAUUUGAGGAAGAAACGAAGGCGAUGCUGCAGAGAGAUCAGCAUCGGCAGAGACUCGAAGCUGAGAAGAGAGAGGAGGAAAAACGAAGAAUCGAGAUAGAGUGGCAAUUGGCGAAACGAGAGAUGGAGAAUGACGAUCUACUCGACAGUAUAGUCGACAAUACGGUGUCGCCAAGCCUCUUGUCGGAACGUCUGUCCGGUCUGAACGAGAGGCUUGCCGAUAAGUCAUUGGUAGAUCUAUCCGAGAGACAUGGUAGAUCGCGAUCGACCACGAGACCACCGCUAUCGAUAGCCGUGCAACAGCAUCCCGCGAUACAUCAGAAGGCGCAAGCUACCAAUCAGCUGACUAGCAUACUGGGGGAGAAGAUGAAUAACGGUGUCAUUAAAAAAUUCAAGACAGAUAAAGAUUCGUCAGUGGAGUCGAUCUGUCUACCACCAGUUCGAUACGGAAGUCUGGAUUCCUUGCACGAGGUUCACAAUCUCUCGCAGUCUUCCCCGUCACCGUCACAGCAGCAGCGAGGCCUUCCCGGCGACGGCUCGGAUGAUGCAGGAUCUUGUUUUCUGCAGUGGACACAGAAGAUACUCACUAUUAACAAAAAGCUUUCUAGGCAUACAGCAAGUCCGGGUUUUUGGUGGUACAUAUCGUCCCACCUGUACGGUACCGCAGGUCCCGGUAGCGCCGCCUCGAAAACACCGACCCAAUCGCCAAUGUCAAUGCCGGUGCCAGUCGCAGCAGUCCCAAUGCCAAUCCCCGUGUCAAUGCCAGUAUCAGCCUCAGGAUCAGGGACAACAGCAACAACAACCACGGCAACAGCAGCCGCCGCAGCAGCAGCAUCAUCGUUGGCAACUGCUGUCGCGUCUGCAGCAGUUACCGUAUCAUCAUCAUCGGCGAACAACGAGCCCGCCACCGCCGCCAAGACUCUAAACCGAUUCCUCCGAGGUAGCGACCUUCUAACGAGCCUUACGACUACGUUCGAUCGCAAAUGGAGGUCCCUCAUCAAUCAAUCGUCAAAUCUAGCACAGAAUCCUCCUCCGGAAGCUGGAUCUUGCAACAAGGACAUUACGGAGCAGCAGGAGCAAAAGCCGAGCGCGUCCCCGAGAUUCAAAUAUCCGUCUGCGGAAGCCUAUCGCGAUCCGAGUCUUCAUAAAUCGCUCGACAAGAGCCAUCUCUCUCGCUCGAAGGAUGACGCUCCCGAGAAAGACACCGACUCAACAGUAACCGACGACAUGCUACAUCCUUUGGAAUCCGUCACGCCGAACAACGACCGCGGCGCGAACGACAAGCAGAGGCCGGAAACGAAGUCUAUGACACAUAAUCACGCGACGGACAGUGAGGAUCAGAAGGAUGUGGACGAAGGGGAUGCUUGCCUGCGUACGGGAAACACGAAACGAUAUGAAUUGGCGAGUGAGAAAAAUUUUCAAGAAAACAAAUCGGAGAACAACGACAUUAGCGCGAAGGUAGAGGACAGUAACAGCAGGAGCCAUCAUUACGAGACCGGAGAUUCCAGUUAUUCCAACAAGCUGAAAAAAUUUGAGAGUCUAACGAACUCUCAGACAAGGUCCCGUCUGAAACGGUCGGAAUCUCUGAAUAAAAGAACGUGCGAGAACACCAGCUCGCGACUAAAGAGAUCGGAGAGUUUGAACAAACAUUCAACCGAGAGGCUGUCACCUCUUAAACGAUCAGAGAGUUUGAACAAACACUCUGGCGAUAGAUCAGAAUCGCCAGGCAGUAAGCUGAAGCGUUCAGAAUCGUUGACGAAGACCGAGAAGACUGAGUGCAACAUCAGCAAGCGACGACAGUCAGUGCGAAAGGAGAGCGCUACGAAGCUAAAGCGAAAGAACGGACUGUCGGAACGGUCGAUCAAACGACGACACACGGUUGGCAGCACCAAGGACUUCGACAAGGUGCACUGGCUCGACAAUAAACUACAGUCGGAGGCCGAGAGGGUCAUCAGGAGCGACUACAGACCGAAGAAAAGCCAGCUCAGAACCAGCUCACCCGAUCUCAGCACCAAUCGAGUCGGCAUAGCCGACACGAGCUUUUUAAUCGAGGUGAGCUUUCGCGGGCCCAGCAACGUCGUCUUCAAUGUGACCAACGCCGCUCGGCCACAAUCGUUGCCAGACGCGAGUCUCGCAUCCAAGGUUUUUAAGGUGCCCCUCGAGAGUCACGUGUAAUACGUGAUUCGAAUGAAUUACACAUUUCUAUAUUCAUCUUUGAAUAAUAUGUGCACGCAGCGCUGCUGUCAUAUCUAUACUUACCUGCCACACAUAAUUUUUUAAUACUUCUACCGGUUUAUAUUAUAUAUAAAUCGAACCAUAUCAAGAUUUUUAUAUAUUUUAUAUAUUAUAUAAAAGUAAUUGAAUCACAUUCACAUCUAAGUUCAUUCGCCGGAGACGCUGACAUUAUUCAUUAAUCGCCAGUGUGCCAAAGAGCUAUCAUCUUAUGAAUCAUUUAUCGUUAUCAAGCGAUAAUGUCGAAAAUUCGUUACGAUGGCUAGAAUGGAUUAGAUAAAGGAAAAGUAGGUACACUAUCUUCAUGUUCCCUGCACCACGAUGUUUUAAUCUUUAAUCAAGUUUAAUUUAAUCUUUUAUCGAGUUUAUUUAAUUAACGCGAGAUCGUUACGAUGAUCGGAAAUCGUUCUGGAUUAACGAACCAGAAGCACAGUUAGACUCUUCUUUCUUUAAAAAAAGAAAAAGAUAAAAAUAUUUUACUAAACUGCGGAUAGCGGAAAUAGAACUGAGCAUUGGAGAAACGUAAGAAAGUUAUUUAGUGAUUAUAUUGCAUGUAGUAUUUGCAUUGUGUCAAUUUUAUAUAUAUAUAUAUAUAUAUAAAUAUAUAGCUAAUAUAAAUAUAUACAUUAUCUUACUUGUGAUUGUGACACUCUCUUUUUGUACAUAAGAUGUAAAAUGCGAGAUGAUUCGAUUAAAUAUUAAAUAUAAUAAGGUGACUAUAUAUAUAUAUACAUAUAUAUAUAUAUAUAUAUAUAUACUGUACGUCUUUAAAUUUAUAUUUUAAUAAUCACUUAACAAUUAUCGCGUGUUCUAUAUGCGUGCGAAACUUGCUCGAUCCUCAUGUUUGCGGAUUUGUAUUGGCUACGCGAGAAUGUAUUAUUUUUAACGCAGAUGUGACAAAGGUGAUCGUUAGGAUAAAAUUUAUGACUGUUCGUGCGUUUUGCGGGCGUAUAUUUGCCGGGAUUUUCACGAUAUGGUUGCGAGUGAUCGCUACAUUUGAAAGUUCUUUGAAAGGUAGUGUCCGUAGCGUUAAGAAACCUUUUUUACGUAAACUCUCCUCGAUGAAAAGUCUACGAUGUGAUAAAAAAAUUUUAAUCGAUCGCACGCGUCUAUCGAUGUACGUAUACAUAUAUCGUUAUGCGUGUGCUGAAUAGACGUGUGUUGUGUUGCGAAAAUUUACAUGAGCGCGUGAAAUACCUAUUUUCUAUAUGCAUUGUGAUCGAUACUAACGAUCAGUCUAGUACUACUGCUGUUGCGUCAUUGUAAAUUUUAUUAUCGUACACAGUAAAAGAUGCGAACGGUGCCGUCAAUUAUAAUAUACAUUCGGUGCCUGGUACAAUGCGAAAUCUGUUCGUUUCAAGGUGAAUAGAAAGAUUCCUAUGCGAAUCGCGGAUAGAAUCCCGUCGUUUCCCUAGAUUGGCUGGAUUUCCUAUUGUGCCCCGUUAUGAGGAUAUUACGUUAACCGGUGCAACACGUAUGUGUAUUGCUUGCGUAUAAGUCGUAAGAUAAUUACUCUCAGAUGCUUGGGUCUCUUGUGUGGAUCGUUAGUGUUGCUAUUAUUAUUUGUACCCCGAGAUACUUUAUUAUGCAAAACUCUCGCCUUUAUCUUACCCUUGUAAUUUGCGUUUAACGCGCCGCGUCGUGUUGCAUCCAAGCGAGUGUAAAGCGAGAAACCCAUCAAUUCAAUGCCGUAAUUGUGGCUGGUGUCGCACUCGGAAUUUCGACCGCGGAUACAAGAAAAAAAUGAUGUGACAAUAUUAACUAACGGUAGUUCAAUUGAAAAUAAUCUUAUUAAUUCAUAGUAUUAAUAAAACGCAUAACAUUUUAUUAAAACACAAGAGUAAUAUUUGUUUCAUUAAUAUUACUGUUAAAUUAAUAAGAUUAUUUUCAAAUUUGAUUACUCAGUUGUGUUGUUAAUACAUCAUUUUUUCCAUAUAUAAUAAUAUAUCCGUAAAUGGUAGAACAGUUUAUGCGCGACAUAUUAAUCGCAAAUAAUUUACUAUGAAUGUAUGUGUAGAAUCCACUCGAGAUCGGCGCAAUAUAUUCUACAUUAAAUUUUUGCAUUGAAAAAUUUAUGUGUAAAUACGUAUGACUAAAUUUUUACGCGAGUCAUCAUACAUCACGUGUUAUCUCUUUGUCUGUCAGGAGCGAUGCGCAGUCGUCUAAACAAUUUUACAUAAUACCAGUUAUUAUCGCGCGAAUCGAAAAGUUCGAAGCCGAAAGUAGCCGAGACAAUCGAUUUGAUUAUGUAUGUAAAUACAAAUGUAACUAAAUUCUGAGAGACGACGGCAGAAAAAAAGCGAUAAUUUAUUUCGAGAAGAACAGCGAUUGUGAUCGUGUUAUUUAUUAUUAAUCCAAGCGGAUGUUUAUUGCAAAUUCUUAAGAAAAUACGAAGUUGUAAAUAAAUAUAUUACUAUGAGAAAGAGAAAAAACAAGAA